GACUGGCUUCAGCAAACAAAAGACAUAGGAUGUCGACAAAUCCGCCAGGCGAGUUCAUCGAAAAUGGCCGGGCCAUUGAGACAGCGACCAGCACUCUCACUGCCGACGUACUAGACGUUUUCCGAACACAAGAUUGCAUGUCGGCUAAAAAGAGCCGGCAUAAGAUCCCUGAUAUCAAAUCAAAUAUAGUGCAGUAUUACAUCCUUCCCGCCCGACGAUAUCUCGGUUCCGGGUUAACAGCAAUGCGGGGCUUGUCGUCCCCUUUGUUUUGUAGGCUUCAUUAGUAUCCAAACCCCUCUUCCCUUCCGUAGCUCUAAGGUUCUGAUGUUAAUCGUUUAGAUCUGCCUCUCUCAUCGGCCAGGGGCCACGUCGUGCUGCUUGUCACCAGAGCAUACCUGACCAAAGAUCUCCAGAUCCCCCUCGGGUUCAAGCGAAUAACAUGAAGCUUAUCAGCUACUUAAUCAAGGCGCUCGCCGCGGCCGGUGCACUGCAGUAUCUAGUCCCAGUCAGCGCCAGAUGCGCUAUAUAUCGAGACACCAGAGCAUCAAUCGCACCUCGACAGUCCCCCUCAGCCUGCUCCGAUGGCACAACGAUCGAGAACCUCUGGUUGGUGGAACGGCUAAACGUGACCUACACCAGCGACGAGCUCGUGCGGCCGGGCAACGCCUCUUGGACCGUCACCAACACCUUGACCAACACAACCGAGCGGAUCAGCUGCACCCUGCGCGCCAACUACAUCUGUGAGCUCAACGGCACGCCGGGCGACGCCAGCUUCCACAUCUGGCUGCAGAUUAACCUGGACGUGGCAACCUUCACUCUCAACCAGACUCUUCCCUGCGGGGAUAGGCCACCUGUUAGAUCCGCCUAUGCGCUUGGCACAGCCGAGUUGUAUCUGAUCUGCCCCAGCAGACACGCCGACGAGGACUUCUCCUGCUACAGUGACGACGACGGUACCGGAUUCGCGAACGGAGAUGUCACAUUGCUACUGGGCUCUUCUGAUGAGGCUCGUGGCUAAAAGGCGGUCUCGAGAAUGAUAGCGUGUCUGGAAAAAGAUGGUCUC